AUGGGAUAUGUUUCUUGGAGGAACAGAUACACUCUCAACAGUCCUAGAGUGGGCAAUGGUACGGCUGAUGCAAAACCCACCAAGAUGAGUAAAGUACAAGAAGAGGUAAGAACGGUAAUUGGGAAAAAGGCAAAGAUUGAAGAAGAAGACAUUCUCCAAAUGGACUACUUAAAGUGUGUCAUCAAGGAGACUCUAAGGGCGAAGGGGUUGCCAGGGCGUGCAUUUGCUCUUAUAGAAUCUGAAUAUGUGCUUGCAAUCUCUUUAUACUGGUUUGACUGGAAGCUUCCUCGUGGUACCUGUAGCGAGGACUUAGACAUAACUGAGAACUAC